AUGCAGAAUCACGGAUCUCAGAAAUUUACAGAUGAUUUGCUCGAUAAAUCAAAAUGUGAAAAUGUUAAAAAAUUUAUAUCAAAUGAAAUUUCAGGAGUUAUCAUAUGGCAGGGGACUGAUAACGAUUUGUUGACGAGAACUUUACGUGAAUUAGAUAAUAAUGUUAUUGGGAUCGAUCACGGCCCUGGUGAUUCUAUUGGCAUUAAUGAUCUUGAAAUACAGAAAAACGUUAUAUUAAGAGCACAUUCAGCUCCAGCUCCACAUAUUACUCUAAAUCAUGAACUACCGCGCAAGAACUAG